AUGCCAACACUGAAGCCCGCUCUGCUACUCGCCUGUACGGCACUGACAUUCGCUGCGCGCCUGACGAUCUCGAUACCAGGCUCCAACCUCUUACCAAACCCGUCCGAACUUCCAGCCUCUACCCACGCUGUACUACUCGGUCCUCCGGGCGUGCGAUACGAUACGUCCCUGCGCAGAGACAAUAGCCUCGUGUUCUCCAAUCUGCCGGAAGCGAGCUACUUGCUCACCGUGCAUUCUCGCGAUUACUUCUUUCCUCCUCUCCGAGUGGACAUCAACAGGACUGAGGGCGAAGGUGCGCAGACAAUCGAUGCAUGGCAGACAUUCAGAGGGAACGAAUGGAACAACAAGGGCCCGUCGUAUGGCUCAGGGAAGGAUGAGCUCAGUGUACAAAUAAGGCCAAGCGGCAAGAAAGACUUCUACCAAGUCAGAGGAGGCUUCAGUAUACUGAGCUUUUUGAAGAGCCCAAUGAUUUUGAUGGCCCUGGUUUCAGUCGCCUUGAUAUUCGGCAUGCCGUAUAUCAUGGAUAACAGUAUGUUAUACGCCUCGGGUAUUUGCACUUACAUGGACGAAGCUAAUACAUUGCAGUGGAUCCUGAAGCCAAGGCUGAGUUUGAGGAGAUGCAGAAGAAGUCUCCGCUCACGGGAUCAGGCGCCUCGAAUUCGCUGCAGAAUUUCGAUCUCGCGGGCUUCCUUGCUGGCCGCUCUUCUACACCAGCCGCGGGAGAGGGCAGCUCAUCUGGGGGCGGAGGAAAGAAGAGAUAG